AACAACACAAAAAACAUUCUUCUUCAACAAUGGCAACUUCGUUAUUCCGCAGCAUAAGGAGAGCUUUCUUUGCUCUCAGAUUCUCGUACUCUACCUCGUUUUCGGUCUCUCCCAGGUCAGUUGUUGGGAGGACUCAGAUGUGUGUUUGUUCUCCGUUGAGGCACUGUGUCCCGGUGGGAGAGCAAGGUUAUUGGUGGGGUUUGAGAAAUUUGAGCUAUGGCAGGGUGAACCUUGUGAUAACGGGAGGGAAGACCAAGUUUGAGACUCAUGAGGAAGAGCCUCCGAAGAAGGACAAGUGGACGACAAAGAAGAGGUUGAAGAUGCAGAGGAAGAGAGAGAAGGAGAAGAGGAGAGCGGCCAACAGGAAGGACCCCCGUCAACUCGGCAUCAAAGGGAAGAAGAAGAAGCAGAGAUUUGCCUGUGCAGAAGAGAGAAUCAAGUACAAGAUUGAAAAAGCCAGAAUUAAGGAAGCAUUGCUCAUUGAAAGGCUCAAACGAUAUGAAGUUCCUAAAGCUCAGGGUCCUGUUGUAAAGCCUGAUGACUUGACGGGGGAGGAACGAUUUUAUUUGAAGAAAAUGGCUCAGAAGAGAUCUAAUUAUCUACAAAUUGGCAGAAGAGGAUUAUUUGGAGGGGUUGUUCUCAAUAUGCAUAUGCAUUGGAAGAAACAUGAGACUGUUAAGGUCUUUUGCAAGCCUUGUAAACCUGGUCAAGUACAUGAGUAUGCACAAGAACUUGCCAGAUUGAGUGGUGGUAUUCCACUUCAAAUAAUUGGAGAUGACACUAUAAUAUUUUAUCGCGGAAAGAACUAUGAACAGCCUGAGGUUAUGUCACCAAUUGAUACCCUGUCCAAGAAAAAGGCACUUGAAAAAUCCAAGUAUGAGCAAUCACUUGAGUCAGUGAGGCGCUUCAUUGCUAUCGCUGAGAAAGAAUUAGAGCUAUAUUGUAGGCACGUUGCACUCUAUGGUGAUCCAAACAACCGAAAUCCCUUAUCAAUGAUGGACGGCCCAAGUGGAAACUCAAAGGAAAAAGGUAAUCAUGGAAUUAGUGAUGAUUUUUCAGUCAGUCUUUCAGAGACUGAAGCAGACUCCACGGAAAUGGAGCUAUCAGAAAUAGAAGAUAGUCUUGAAGAUGAAAACAUGUCAAUGAAUGAAUCAGAUUCUGAAGAGGACAGCAUGUUGGAUUCCAAUGGUAAUCAAGAAAGAGAGGUAUAUUUUACUAAAAUUCAAGAUGAAAGUGUAAGCUCGACCACAGGUUCUUGUUCUUCAUCAGUGUCUGAAGAUAGCCACUAUUAUAAUAAGCAAUACUUAUAACAAGUUCUAUUCACUAUAGAUUAAAUAUAUUUUGUUAACAGUUACCUUGAGUAAAUCAAUACCUCGGAGGAAUUUGAAAAAUAUAUUGAGCGAAGUAUUAUCCUGUUUUACCUGGGACUAAUUUCUGUUAGGCCUUUAUUUAAGAAAUUCAAGUUAAGUUCUAC